AUGCUGCCCCUGGGUGAGAGAGUCAAGCGUUACCUGACGUUCACCUCAGGGAUCUUCGAAUGCCUUGGCUUCGCUGGUGCAAUCUUUGGUUGGGCCUCUUUGGUCUUCGUACUGAAGGAGGAGGGCUAUUUCUAUGACCUCUGUACCUCGCCGCACAACGCCAGCGAGCCUGGAGACAGUAAUGGCACAGUGGACUGUCACCUCCAGGAUGAGCGUUUCGCUCUCAUUUUCACGAUGGCCUCCUUCAUGGACAGUUUCACCACCCUCCCUGGCGGUUUCAUCUUCGAUCAACUUGGCACCAUGCCUGCCCAGUUCAUGGCCAUAUCCAUGUACACCACAGGAACACUGCUGAUUGCCUUUUCUACAGCCGCAUCCUCUGUGUUGCUGUUCCCUGCAGCCUGCUUAAUCGCAGUGGGAGGUGGGACCUUCUACAUCUCCAACAUGCAGGUUGGAAACUUGUUUGGAGAUCGACGGUCCACAGUGAUCACUUUGUACAACGGAGCCUUUGCUUCCUCAUCCUGUUCAUUUCUACUCGUUAAAGUUUUUUACCAGGCUGGUUUCUCAGUGAGAUCCAUUUUCCUGUUCAUCAGCUCAAUGAGCAUUGUCCAUGUGCUGCGUGUCUUAUUUCUCCUCCCCAGCAAGCAUAUCCCUUAUCCCCUACCAGAGGAUUAUACAUACGGAAUCACUUGCAAGAGAUUUGGGUUGGACUCAUUGCACCGUGAAGAAGAGACAACAAAGCAGAUGAAGCCUUUGCGUGGAGAAAAUGAGGCAGAGGGAAAAAUGGACAAGGGUCCUGAAAGCAAGCAGUGGGAGGCGGAAGAGAAAAAAGAAAAGACAGAGCUGAUUGAUCAUUUUAAUUCCCAAUCCAAAACUUCAAAAGGGACCGAAGUGAAGAAGGAAAAUGUCCGCUCGUUCAGGAGCUGCAUCUUCUCCAAACUGUUUGCCACUCAUCUGCUGUGGAUUUCUGUCCUGCAGCUCCGACACUACCUAUUCAUAGGCACGCUGAACCCCAUGCUCACGCUAAUGUCACACGGUGACACCACAGAGGUAAGCAAGUAUACAAAUGCAUUCGCCCUCACACAGAUCUGUGGUAUAUUCUGUGCUCCCUGGAAUGGGAUAGUGAUGGACUGGCUGCAAUACAGAGACAAAACCUCCGAGGCUAUUUCAGAUCCAGUUGUUUCAAAGCGAUUGGCUGGCAUGAGGUCAGCUGUGGUUUCUAUCAUUAUCACCAUCACCCAGUGUGUCCUGUUCUCGAUAUCGGCAACUAUUCCUGUCCUGGAGGUUCAGUACUUGUCUUUUAUCUUACAAGUCAUCAACCAUUCCUUCCUGUACGGGGGAGAUGCAACCUUCAUCAGCAUUGUGUACCCUUCCUGUCAUUUUGGGAAGAUCUAUGGUGUGGGACAGACUCUCUCAGCAUUUAUUUCGCUGCUUCAGUACCCUUGCUUCGCACUGAUCCAAGGACCCUUGAAUAAUGACCCUCUCUUUAUGAACAUUGGAUUCAUCAUCCUAGUAAUCCUAACCUCCAUACAUCCCUUAAACCUGUACCUGCACUGGCGAAAGGAACUUCAACAAAGAGGCACCAUUAAGAGUCCCAAAGCUGGGGUCAAGAUACAGGGAGUUGAGCUGACGAAGGACACAGAUGUCUGA